AGCAUCUCAAGAGGAAGAUCAAUUUUGUGUAGAAAUAAGUGAUUUCCAGAGGACAGCCCCAAUGACAGAACUGUCUGCACAUUUACCCCAGUUUCAGCAUGGGCAGCUGACAGAAAACUUCCCUGAUAACCACCUCAGCAACACCCAAGAGUCCGUGACCUCUGCUCUGUUUAAUACCAAUCAGAAUGACAAUAGUGAAAGACGUCGCCAUGAUAAUAGUGAGCGCAGAAGAAAUGACAAUCCCGAGUCUGAGACCAAUGGGCAGCCACAAAACAACAUUCAGCAAGUUGUGGAACAAGACGAAGAAGAAGAUGAGGAGCUGACACUGAAAUAUGGGGCCAAACAUGUGAUUAUGUUGUUUGUACCUGUCACACUUUGCAUGGUGGUCGUUGUUGCAACCAUCAAGUCUGUCAGCUUUUAUACACGCAAGGAUGGACAGCUCAUCUACACUCCUUUCACAGAAGAGACAGAGACAGUAGGACAGAGAGCCCUGAAUUCAAUUCUCAACGCGGCUAUCAUGAUCAGUGUUAUCAUUGUCAUGACCAUACUCCUGGUUGUGCUUUACAAAUACAGGUGCUACAAGGUGAUCCAUGGCUGGCUUAUAAUUUCUUCUCUUUUGCUGCUUUUCUUUUUCUCAUUCAUCUACCUGGGUGAGGUUUUUAAGACUUACAACGUUGCCAUGGACUACAUUACGGUGGCACUCCUGAUCUGGAACUUCGGUGUUGUGGGAAUGAUUUGUAUUCAUUGGAAGGGUCCGCUUCGGCUCCAGCAGGCAUACCUUAUUAUGAUAAGCGCUCUCAUGGCUUUGGUGUUCAUCAAGUACCUUCCUGAAUGGACUGCGUGGCUUAUCCUGGCUGUCAUUUCAGUGUAUGAUUUGGUUGCUGUCCUGUGUCCUAAAGGUCCUCUUCGAAUGCUAGUUGAAACAGCUCAAGAGAGAAAUGAAACUCUCUUCCCAGCACUUAUUUACUCCUCAACGAUGGUAUGGCUAGUGAACAUGGCUGAGGAAGAUCCAGAAGCCCAACGGAAAACUUCGAAAAACUCCGCUUAUGAUAAACAAGCUCCGGCAAACCAGGCUCAGAAUGAAGAUGCUGAAGCAGAUGAUGGUGGCUUUAGUCAGGAAUGGCAGCAACAAAGGGACAAUAGAAUAGGACCCAUUGAAUCAACACCUGAAUCACGAGCUGCUGUUCAGGCUCUGCCCAGUAACUCUCAGACAAGUGAAGACCCUGAAGAACGAGGAGUAAAGCUAGGUUUAGGAGACUUCAUUUUCUACAGUGUCCUUGUUGGCAAAGCCUCUGCAACAGCGAGCGGGGACUGGAAUACAACUUUAGCGUGUUUUGUAGCCAUAUUAAUUGGUCUGUGCCUUACACUUCUGCUUCUUGCCAUCUUUAAGAAGGCCUUACCAGCUCUUCCAAUCUCCAUAACCUUUGGGCUAGUUUUUUACUUUGCUACAGAUAACUUGGUGCAACCAUUUAUGGACCAGCUAGCAUUCCAUCAGUUUUACAUCUAGCACACUUGAUGCUGGUAUUCUACGGAUAUUUGUAGCAAAUCUGAGAGGAGGAAACAUGUUUUGCCCUCAGUUCUCAAGUGAGACUGAAGUUUAAUACUCAAGAUUCCAAGCCUGAAUCAUUACACCUUCCUCUGAUGAUGGCUUUUUUUUUUUCCUGAGACAACUGCUGCACUGGGCACCAUAUGAAUUUUCCUGGGUGAAAGUGGCUUCUUCUGAUGGCCGGUCUAAACCAGGUGCUAUUAUAUCAGAGGUAAUCUGAUAUAUGUAUCUCUGGUAAGGACCACCUGUGUGAAAAUUGCUUAUGCUUCCACCAGCAAUGUGAUCUCUUACCACAGGUUGAUUAUUUUCACUGCAUUAAGGGUGCUCAGGACUUCCUUGAUGUUAACGGAGGAAGCUGACAAAUCACAUGGAACUUGUCCCUGUAACCGCUUGAAGAGAGAGAAUCCAGUUCAGACUUCUUCAGCAGUGAUUUUUUGACAG